UUGUUUUUCGGCGUGUUGACGCACAUCGUGCAAGUGUUAUAUUUACUGAUAAAAAUGACGAAAAAGAAGCCUCUAGGAGUUGGCUUGAGCCGCGAUGAGCGGAUGUUGAUUGUGGUCGGUGAAAUCAUACAGGAGCUGCUGAAGGCACACCACGAAGGCAAGGAUGUGAAUUUGAACCGCCUGAAAACGCGCAUCUCGUCUAAUUAUGGGCUAGAGUCGGCACCGCGCCUCGUGGAUAUUAUAGCGGCCGUACCACACGAGGCAAAAUCAAUCCUUUUGCCGAAGUUGCGUGCAAAACCAAUCCGUACGGCUAGUGGUAUUGCAGUUGUUGCUGUUAUGUGUAAACCGCACCGUUGUCCGCAUAUCAACAUGACCGGAAACAUUUGCGUAUACUGUCCCGGUGGUCCGGACAGUGAUUUCGAGUAUUCCACCCAAAGCUACACCGGAUACGAACCAACCUCAAUGCGUGCAAUCCGUGCCCGGUAUCAUCCCUUCCUGCAAACACGCCACCGGGUCGAGCAACUGAAGCAGCUGGGCCAUUCGGUCGAUAAGGUGGAAUUCAUCGUGAUGGGUGGUACGUUUAUGUGUUUGCCGGAAGAUUACCGAGACUUCUUUAUACGCAACCUACACGAUGCGCUGUCCGGGCACACAAGCUCUAGCGUGGCGGAAGCGGUCAAAUAUUCGGAAAAAUCGCACACCAAGUGUAUCGGUAUAACGAUCGAAACGAGACCAGACUACUGUUUGAAGCGACAUCUUUCCGAUUUGCUGUCGUACGGAUGCACCCGGCUCGAGAUUGGUGUGCAGUCGGUGUACGAGGAUGUGGCGCGGGAUACGAACCGUGGUCACACCGUGAAAGCAACGUGCGAAAGCUUCCAGAUGUCGAAGGAUGCUGGUUUUAAGGUGGUCUCGCACAUGAUGCCGGAUCUGCCGAACGUGGACAUCGAGCGAGACAUUGAGCAGUUUAUAGAAUUUUUCGAAAACCCAGAUUUCCGUGCUGAUGGGUUGAAAAUCUAUCCUACGCUCGUUAUCCGUGGUACGGGAUUAUACGAACUGUGGAAAACGGGACGGUACAAGAGCUAUCCACCUUCAACGUUGGUUGACUUGGUAGCGAAAAUAUUGGCCCUUGUGCCUCCCUGGACACGUGUGUAUCGUGUGCAGCGCGAUAUUCCGAUGCCCCUGGUUACGUCCGGUGUGGAGCAUGGUAAUCUUCGUGAACUUGCGCUGGCACGCAUGAAGGACCUCGGUACGGACUGUAGGGAUGUGCGUACUCGUGAAGUUGGCAUACAGGAAAUCCACAACAAAGUACGACCGGAUCAGGUAGAACUAAUAAGGCGUGAUUACGUCGCGAACGGUGGCUGGGAAACGUUCCUGUCGUACGAAGAUCCAAAGCAGGACAUUCUGGUGGGUUUGUUGCGACUGCGCAAAUGUUCGCCGGACACCUUCCGACCGGAACUGAUCGACAAUUGUUCGAUUGUGCGCGAACUGCACGUUUACGGUUCGGUAGUGCCGGUGAAUGCACGUGAUCCGACCAAAUUCCAACAUCAAGGGUUCGGAAUGUUGCUGAUGGAGGAAGCGGAACGUAUUGCGCGGGAGGAACAUGGCAGCAGGAAGCUGGCGGUCAUAUCCGGUGUUGGUACGAGGAACUAUUACCGCAAGAUUGGGUAUGAACUUGAUGGGCCGUACAUGUCCAAGAUGUUAUAAUGAGAUAGAAGAAACGAA